ACCCAACCCAAUCCCCCGCUCUCGAAUUUGUUCCUGAACUAAAGAUGUCCGUACUCGAAAGAAACUCCACUUCCGACGGAUCGACCCGCGACACCAGCCCUCAGUCCUUGAUCAUCAUCUAUUAAUAUCUGGAUCAGAUCUCACAAGAUGUCGCUCACCUCGACGGCGGUUCAUGACUAUUACGAGAUCCUGGGGAUUGCCCCUAGUGCAGACUCCCAUGCGAUCAAGUCCGCGUACAAGAAAAUGGCCCUGGCCAAGCAUCCAGAUCGGAAGCGGGUGCCCAACGCGACAGCGGAGUUCCAACUCCUUAGGGAAGCCUACGAGCAGCUUUCCGAUGUCGAAAGACGCCGGGAAUACGACAGGUUAUAUCGAACAAGGAUACGUCCUGCAAAAUUGAGCAAUCAAAAACAAUCCGAACUUGGCAGACGACUGCGGCAGCUUGAGGAUCGGCGCAUUGACCGUCAAAUAUCGUUGUACAAUUCCCGCAGGGAUCUGGUCAUGCUGCGCAUCACGCUGAACAGUCUGAAAGGACAGAGAGAAUUAAUCCAGAAAGAGAAGGCCAAGGAAGAGUCAUGGUGGCGGUACCUCUGCUCCUUCAGGCCCGGAAACGGAGCCGAAUAUACGCGACAACUGCAUCGGCGAGAUGAUAAGCUUGUGGAUGCGAUUGGGAAACAAUGGACGAAGGAAUGGAGCAUCGACCGCAAAUUGGAGGAGGUGCGUGCUCUGGAGAAAGAGCUCGGAGCCAUUUCUUCGGCCAUGGAGGAGAUUCGAGUGGAGGUGCAGAGGAUAGAGGACGAGUGGAGGGAAUUGAUACUCACUCAGGUCAUGGAAAGAGUACUCGCGGAAUCGAGAAGGAGAAAUCCAGAAGCUGCUUGGGGGCGGCCAUCGACCACCCAGCCGGAGUUCAGAGGUGGGAAUGGAUAUCGCCAUCCAUGGUGGUACUACUAAUCCCGUUACAGUGCGGUUUGAUUCCGAUGGAAGUGACGUUGAAAGUACAGUACGCUUCAGUCGAGUUGACUAGCAGUUAUCAAACCUUAGAGAAACCUCUGGCAUCGAUUUCUGACCUGUAUCUAUGUGUCUUGCUGUCGCACGCCUUGUAAAAGGGAGUAUACGAGCUCUUUACUUGGUAUACAUUGAGUUCUGUUUUAUUCUUCCCGGUCUAUAUCUAG